UGAAACGACGUUAUUGUGAUUUAUUAUGAAAUAAUACGUCAAAAAUUUUGAGAAAAAUACGCACUGAAUAGUGAAUUAAUUAAAAUAUAAAAUUAUUUAUUACACCAUUACUACAUUAGCAAAAGGAAGUUUAAGUAAUUAAUCAAGAAUGUUGAGGAAUUUAUUACGUACUGUGACAUGUAAAAAUUUUCAGAUUACAUCUGUUAGAAAUAAGCAAGCAAAGUUUCCCAAAACUGAUAAGAAACUACAAGCAGCCGCCGAAUCUGUUGCAGCGAGAGGAUUUCUCCGACCAAAUAAACCAUGGGAUCCACCUGCAGACAUUGAUAAGACAAUAGUUAAGAUUUGUUCAGACAGUGGACUCAAAACUGACAGUGAGCUAGAUGAACUUGAUGUGAAAUACACUGUUUUGAAGGCAUGUUAUGAUGCAACAGGGCAUAGUGUGCCUAACUCCUUGCUGCAUACAAUUGAGACUGUUGAUGACCUAAGGCGAUUUUAUGAAACCCCAGUUGAUAUAAGCACUCCUUUUGAUAGUUUGAAGAAAAUGGAUCUGCCAAAGAAUUUACAUAUCCAAGAGGAUUAUGUUCGCUUUCAUCCUGACAAAGAUACCCUGUUCAAUGGAAAAUCUGUGUUCCCAAAAAGCUCAACAAUUGUGUCUGGUCUGAAGACAAGGAAAAAGUAUGAAGGCUACAGUGCCAAGAGAUCAUGGCCUUGAUUUUGUUUAAAUUCUUUAUGUUAUUAGCUGUUAGAUAUUAUAAUUAAAUACAUAAUGGAACAAUA